AUGAUUGUACUUAUUGGAGUGCUCACUGUACUCGUUACAUUGUAUAGCUAUGCGGGAAUAUUGGUGUCUUGGCUGCUCUCAUUCCUCGCCAAAACCUCGAUCACUGUCGGCGGCGUUGGAUUCUUUGAGCUUCAUGAUGUCUGUGUUCGAAUCGCGAAGAGUUUGACGAUUCACGUUGAUUGUUUGUCGCUUCAACGCGACAAGGCUCAUCCGACUCGAUUUUGUGUUUUGCGAAUUGGCGAUGUGAGAAUUGAAGGCGAGCCGUUGAAAGGUCUCAAAAGGAACGAUUUCGAGAAGCGCGAGGAUAGUCGAGAGCAGAUGAAGAAGAAGAUCCAGAAUCUGGCAUGCAUUGCACAGUAUUGCGGUUUGAUUGUGAAUAGAGUACAUCUGGUAGUGCUCGAGGUGAUUCCGACAUGUAUGCUUCAUGUCACUGUCGAUGAUUUGUCGAUUGAAAUGUUUCGAAGCCGGGAUGGGUGGCAACUUGAGGCAAGCUGCAGUCUGGUUCAGGCGAAAGUUCUACGACGGAAUGCUCCCAACGGAAGCCUUCUAGCAGAAGUUUCGCUUCCUCUUCAGCUUUCAGUUGAUGUCGGAAAAUCACGAAUCAAUAAAAUCGGCAUUCAUAUAGCAUGUCCCUCAUUCACUCUAACCAAUGACAUCUUCGACAUUCUUGAGAUUAUGAUUAAAACCCCACCCGAGACGCCGGAAGACGACGAUCAAAUCGAUGAUUUUGAGUUCGUUGAAGAUGAACAACUGAUAACUGUCGAUUGGCAGCUUCAUCUUGAUGUUGACAUCGAAUCGGCUUCGUUCAAAUAUUCAGCAUUGCUUGCUAAAGAGAUUCGAUAUGUGACUCUAAAUUUCCGAAACCUGAAAAUUGGACGAGGAGAGCAGAAUUUCAAAAUGGAGCUCACUGGAUUAUGCCUAGCUGAUCAACUAACGAAAAGCGCCGUGCGGACGAGUCGGCUAAGCAUUGAUAUAUCGGAAUCCUCGAAUAUUGGUGUGAUUGAAUGCAAAGCAACAUCGGAUCAAGUCGACACGUCGUUGGCAUUUGAAGAUGCGCUCUGGUGGAAGCGCCACAUUGAUGAGAUUCAAUAUCCCAGUCGGUUUAAGUCAACAUCACAAAAAACGCCGAAAUCAUCACCUGCUCGAUUCAAUCGAAGCAUCGAAUGCGUUUUGGAGUUUGCGAGUGUUUCUUGCGAUAUUUCCGAUUUCGAAGGCGAGAAAUCGAGAUUGAGUGUCGGAUUUCUCAGCUUUCAAAAAACUGGUCACACCUUUGAAAUUGGCAUUGAGGAGCUGUGUUUCGGCGAAACGGCAUCGAAUCCAUCAUUCGAAUACCACAAAUGGGGCCAAUCGAUUUUCGUCGGUGCCAGUCUGGUGCAAUGGACGGAAAUGGCGAACAAUCUUCAAUUCACCGUUGGCUGUGAUGAUGUGAAAUUAGAAUGGUCCGAUCGAUUAUCAAGACAAAUCCAUGGCAUCAUGUCGAUUCUCACUGGAGGAUCCAGUGAGAUUCAAAAUCAAAAACGAAGGAUUGGAUUGCGAGUUACAACUAAUCGGAUUGGCGUGAUCAUAGUAGCCCGCGACACAUCAUUCGCUGCCGCGUGCUGCGCGAAACUUGAUGCCUAUUCGGCGGACAUCAAAUCGGAAAUAUCGUUGGCGGCGAACGCGCUCAGAUGCGCUGUUGGAACUCGAACUGAAAUGGAGAUGAUGUCGAUGCGAGAGGUGUUCGAAGCUCGACGGACGCGAUUGAUUAGUGCCAAGGAACGAGAAGCAUCGCCAUCGAGACGAUGGGAUCAGGCGGAUCGAGAAGCUGCUGAUCGAGCGGCUAGGGAAGCAUGCGAUUCCGACAUUAAUCCGAAGUUGUGUUUGUCGACGGAUAAUAUUAGCAUACUGAUUGACCGCAAGUCAACAGUGAUCGAUGCGAUAUCUGUUGAUGUUCCGACGAGCUUCUAUCUGUCGUGGUCGCCUCAUCUCCACCUCAUUCUACUCCAUACACUACGGUCAGCUAAAAGAGCAUUCGCUGUCAAACGAUCACAGACAGUUCGAAAAGUUCCCCGAAAAAGGCACUUCUUCGUUUUUGCUCAAAAUCGAGUCGAAGUGCAGCUUGAACUAGCUAGGGACCAUCGAAUGCUCUGGAGAGGCGAGACAUUUCAUUUUGAAAGAAUUGAGGGGCAGACGACAGCGAGAACAGCUCUUCUUGAGAUUUUGUUCAAUGCUAGCCGAAUUGUUACCGUUGAUAAUGCGUUGAUCGCUAUUCGACCACAUGACGACUAUCUGACUGUGUGUAGGAAUGCGUUCGGGAAUCUUGGAGCACAGACGAACAAAACUUGGACAUGGGCGGCCGAUAAAUUCGAAUUUCGAUUGCCGUUCGAGUUCAAUUUUGCUCAAUCCUUCGAAGAAUUUCUCAAUAUUAUCAAAUGGAUCAAAUUGGUUCAUGAUAUUCAAAAGAAGCCGUUCACUGCUGAAUCGCCGCUUCCCAGCGAUGUUCGAAUUGAAUUCAAGGAAGUCAUUCUUCAACUCGAUGAUGAUGACUUCGAGAAUCGAUUGAAAUCGAGCUACGAGCUCAAAGAGGAUGAGGUUUAUGAAAUUGAGCGUCGAAAUCAGAUUCUUGAAGAACGACUGAUGAACUUGAAAAAAUCGGUUCCACUUAUUCCAAAAGAAAUGAUGGAUCAACUCACUUCAACCCUUACCCAGAAGAACAGUGAGAUUUACAUUGAGCGUUGGAAUAAAUCUGAUUUCACUGCGAGACCAUUGUUCUUUUCGAGAUGGACGGGCUGGAGAAUGCGCGCAUUUGCUGAUCAGACGCUUCAUGGCACCGAGAAAUGCUUGAAAUUGAUGAAAAUGUUCGAUCCGCUAAGCACAUUGUAUGAAAAUAUGCAAUUUUCGACAUUAUGGGCUCGCGCUGUUGAAUUUGAUGUGGAUGAGUGGACGGUGACAUUCAAGGAUUACCCAAUGAAAUAUUUGGAUAUUCACGAUCUUCACUUUUUCGGAACAUUAGUUGGAGCGGAAGCAAUUCCGGAUGAUGGCCGCUCGAUAAGGGAAAGCGAUAUUCCGGUUCCUGAGCCUUGGGAAACAUUGACGGUCAAACGAAAUAUGAUGCCGUUGAAGUAUUAUUAUGAUAUGCAAUGCGCAAGUCAGAAUUUCACGUGUACGUACGGGCCUUGUUGGGAGCCGUGCCUUUCGAUGAUAUCCCUAAUGUGGAACAAUAUAUCGGCGCCCUCGAAGGAUCCGUCCCCUCCAAUGCCUUUCUGGGACAAAAUGCGUUUCAUUCUUCAUGGAAAAUUGUUGUGGUCGAGCGAGAAGUUUGUGACGACGAUGCUUGCUUCGAACGAUCCCUACAACGAAACGGAAACGGUGGAAAUGUUUUGGGAUGAUUUUGGGCUUGAUUGGGCACUUGGAGAGAUUCGCAUCAAAUCGGGACUGCGCUGCUUCCUUCGAACCGCGUCGAGAUAUGAUGAUUCGCAGGUUCUGACACUUCCUGAUGUUCGUUUGAAGAUUUUACUCGGUUGGGAAUGUGCUGGUGAUCCUCACGAUCAUCAUUCGAUUGUUCUCUGCUCACCACAAAGACUUCCACAUUACUCAUCGCUCGAUGAGCAUGACACCUAUCGAUCGUUCCGAUCGCAAUGCGUGAAUGUCACUCUCAAUUUUGAUGUCUCAUCGGGCUCGUGCACUUCUGUCGACAAAAUGCCGAACGUUCUACUUUUUUCGAACACAUUCCGAUUCAUCGAGCAAUUUUUGAAAUCAUUAACCAUGAAAAACCGAAAUGUCCGUCGCGGAAAGGUUUUCGGCAAUAAAGUGCUCAUCAAACCGCAGCUCAGUAAACAUUUUGGGAAGCUUCAAGUUUCCGUGUCACUUCCCAAAGUGCUUGUGACUUAUUGGAUGUCGCACUCAUCGCCAUUCGGAUUCCGAUUGUUCUCGGAUGGAUUGCAACUGACCGCCUCAUUCCGACAAACGGUUCAGCAUUCGUCGGUGAAUCGUGAAAUGAAUGUGCAACGGCGAAAGGUGUACACAUGGAGCACUCAUCACAUGACAUGCACCUGGUGGGCUACACAGGUUCACGUUUAUGGGAACGGCAGUAGGCCACCGUCUGAUGGGAUGCCGUCGGAAGACACGUUCUUGAUGGGAUUCAGUCGGGUUCAAUAUGCGCGAGAAACAUAUCCCGGAAAGGAGAUUCCGCUACACAAAGUUGCCGCUUAUGACCUCAAAAUGUCGUGGACGUCGGAAAAUCGAAACGCGUGUCUGACGAUUGCUGACGGCGUUCAUCGGGCCCAUAUGCUGCGAAGGAUAUUGAGUAACGAUGCGGUCAAAAAGCUCAAUGUGCAUUUGGAAAAGGAGGAUGUGGAAUCGGGAAAGAAGAAGAAAUCACUGGCGGCAGAGGACAUCAGCAAAACACAUCGAAGAGGGUACAGUGUGAGCGAUGCGAAUCCUUGGAUGCUCAAUCAGCUCAUUGAUGAAGUUGGCACAAAACUUGUUGCUCAUUGCGAGCAGGCUUCUGAUGUUCCCAUUGAUUCUCUUGUCGGCGUACAGCAAUCAACUUCAGACGAUGUCCGACUUCUCAAUUGGCAAAUUGAUUUAUUCAAUAGUCAACUUGUUCUCAAAGGAUGUCAACGUGACGGAUUCCUUCUCGUCUGUGCUGCAAAAGCGCAACUUUUACAGAAUAUCCACCGAAGUGUGUGGAAAGCGGGUCUUUUGCUGAGUAAGAAGUCUUGGAGCGCAUUGCUCUCCGGCAUGCAGUAUUUUGCACCGAUCUCGAUGACCGGUGAUAACAAACAGAAAUUCCAAUGGCUUCCGCGGGAAAUCAUCGAAGAGAAAUCGCAAGAUGCUUCGGGAUUCGCUGAUGAUUUUGUGCAAAAGUUCUCGGCGACUGGCGAAGCUGUUGGAGGUGUUGUGCAGCCGGAAGCCAAUUUCGGCGAAAGAACUCAAUUGCAGCGGAUUGUUUCACGAUGUAGCUGCCAAAUCUACUUUUGCUACUUCUCUGAUGAGCUCAAAACGGAUUCAAGCGAAGAUAUUUCUGUGCCGCCGCAAGCCGAAGAGAAAGAUCAGGGUCCAGGGGGUGGCGACGAGAUUGGUAUUGAUGUUCUGACGCUGAAACACAACAUGUUGGAAGCGACGAGUAAUUCGGAGCAAUACGAAAUGGUCGUCGACAUCGUCAACAAUCUGGUUUUGUUCGUUGAUCCGUUGAAGAAAGAGCUCGGCGAACGGCGAAGAAGGCUUCGAUUUGAAUCGCAAAUGAUUGAUAUGCAAGAAUUGAGAGCGAAAAUCAUGAGAUAUCAGUCGGAUCUUCGUGAAAUCGUCUCGUUGGGUAGAUACCUGGAACGACAGCUAUUCUAUCUCCAUCAAGGUGAACACGACAAAGUGGAAUCAGAGUUUGGAACGAUCGCUGAACGACAGGAGCAGUUUGAGACGGAAGCGGAAGAGACGAAACAGAAAAUGCUGAUUGUUUCGGAGAAGCUCGCUACCUAUAUUAGUUGUUACAAACAACGACAAGUCAAUCGAACUCAUAAUCGAGGGGAGAAUCGAAAACGAGAUGAUUCGGUGAUUCGGCGAUUCGAAGUGUGUUUCGAGGAUUGCACUUGGAAACUGACUGAGAGUGACGGGCAGAUUGCGCUUGCACAGACGCAGAUACGCAACUUUUUGUACACAAGAACAGUUCGAUCGGAGAAUUGCGGAGAUCAUUUAUUCGAAGUUGGAAGCAUUCGGGUCACCAAUUUACUACCCGAUACGAUUUAUAAGCAUGCGCUGCAUAGAGAUGAUUCUCGACAUGUGCGACAACCAGCAAUUCGACUAUUCAUGCGAGACUUGCCACCGGUUGGCGGAAUUUGUGUCAAAGAGCAUUUCGAGCUGAACAUCGCUCCGAUGGUUGCUGAAAUCACUCAUAGGCUAUUCGACAAAAUGAUGCGCUUCUUCUUCCCUGGACGCAAUAUUCAUACGAAUGAGAACUUGGAAAAUGAAAUGGAGACAUCGGUAACAUUCUCGUUUACUAGGCGAAUUGCGAGCUCGUUGAGUAUGAAGAAUAGCAAAAGCUCAUCGGAGAAGCUUGUCGCGAAGAAGCAUUUCGAAAAAGAUGAUAUUGAUCGAAUGAAGGAAAGAGCUGAUCAAGUCAAUCAUUUCAUGUAUAUUAAAAUUCCCGAAGUGUCAUUUGUAGUGUCUUAUAAGGGUAACAAGGAUAAAAACCUGAUCGAUGUCCAUAAAUUCAACUUCAUUUUCCCGUUGUGCGAAUUCCACGAGCAAAAUUGGACAUGGCUCGAUUUGGCGCUGGCGGUGAAACAGCGGUGUAAACGCGUCCUCGUGCAGCAGUUUAUGAGGCAAAAACUGCUGCGUAAUCGCAUUUCGAAUUUUGCGAUCGAGCCGCCGCCGCAAGGCGUCAGCGAAGAGGAGAAGAAGCGGAUCGCGGUUGGCGUGAUGAAGUUCCUUAUUCCGGCCCUCUUCUUGGUGGCCGCUGUCUUCGCUCAAGACGAUGAAUCCCCAAAGGGACCAAAAGUCACCGAUAAGGUCUUCUUCGAUAUCGAGAUCGGGGGAAAACCAAUCGGACGUAUCGUCAUCGGAUUGUUUGGAAAGACUGUUCCAAAGACCGCCACCAACUUCAUCGAGCUUGCUAAGAAACCAAAGGGAGAAGGAUACACCGGAAGCAAAUUCCAUCGUGUUAUCGAAUCCUUUAUGAUCCAAGGAGGAGACUUCACCCGCGGAGAUGGAACCGGUGGUCGCUCCAUCUAUGGAGAGAAGUUCGCUGACGAGAACUUCAAGCUGAAGCACUACGGAGCCGGAUGGUUGUCGAUGGCCAACGCUGGAAAGGACACCAAUGGAUCGCAAUUCUUCAUCACCACCGUCAAGACCCCAUGGCUCGACGGAAGACACGUCGUUUUCGGAAAGGUUCUCGAGGGAAUGGACGUUGUCCGCGCCAUUGAGAAAACCGAGAAGUUGCCAGGAGACCGUCCAAAGAACGACGUUGUCAUCGCUGCCGCCGGACAUAUUCCAGUCGACACCCCAUUCGCUGUUGAGAAGGAGGGAGUCGUCUAA